AUGUCUUUCCCAAUACUUGUAGGGUUUAAAAGAAGCGUUUGAGUUUAUAAUUCACAGUUCAGUCGAAAAUGUCGGCUUCAGUCAAAAUUCUGACCCUCCUCGCCUUUUGCGUCGUCGCGAGUGAAGCCCUCCACAAAAUCUCUGGUAAUUUUUUGAAUAUGCCUUUUUUUCGAAGAAGUGCUGUUUUUUCAGUGAGAGUCAAUAACGGAUACACCACCACUUCUCACUACGAUGAAGAAGCGCUCAAUGGUUACUGGAAUAUUUUAUUUUGGAAUUCAAGGCUCUAUAGUCAAUGUUUCCCGACUUGAAAGGCGAUAGAGGCGACUCAGAGGGCGGGACGCGUUGCGUGUGCGUACGCGGUCCUUGACACGAGUUCAAUUCAACCGCCAGCGACUGUUUGGAGUGAUCGUUUAUCGCUCUUUUCAUUUCUUUUCUAAACUAUUUAUUGAUUUUCUUCAUGUGUGCAUCAAAAAAAUGGUAGAAUAGGUACAAAAAGAGCGAUAAACAAGCACUCCAAAUAGUCGCUGGCGGUUGAAUUGAACUCGUGCCAAGAACCGCGUACGCACACGCAACGCGUCCCGCCCCCUGUCCCGCCCCUCGCCUAUAAGGACGGGAUAUAUUGACUAUAACUUGAAAUGACUGAGCAACACUUGGUUUACCUCUACGCGCUCUUCGAAAUAUCCAUCUUUAUGAAUCCUUUUAAUUAUUCCGCGCGCAAGUAGUUUUACAGUCGGCUGCAUCUCUCAGCUACUACACAUACAUUCCUUAAAACAAUAUUUUUUCUAGAAAGACGCCGGGAAAACGCGAGAUUAAUGAAAAAGGCCGGCGUUUCACAACUCGCCAUCGACGCCCUGGACGGAUUUGGCCGAAGAUUCCAAGUGGAUCCGUCAUUUUUAUCUUCCCUAAAGUCAUCUAACCACAGGACCUUUACAAACAAAACCCGACCCUAACUGAGGUCGAAUAUUUCGAGAAGUUCGGCGAGUCGUACUUUGGACAACUAUUCGAGCUUGUCGGAUAUUUCCCAUCAGGCGACCGGGUUUGUGGAUUUUUUGACUUUAAAGACAAAUGAUCCGAUUUCAGCUGAGAAUCGGCCGAGUUUUCGGAGACAAUUUGAACAGAGCUCGCGCAGGAAAGCCAAGCAGCGCUGGAACGAAACCUGCACGCCCUUGA